AUGAAGAGUUUAGAGAAGGUUUCAGCACUCCUAAUUCUUCUAUUUCUAAUAACUCCCACUGAAAAUUUCAAACAAUCUAAAAAGAAGUGCCAAGUUUCGCCGGAAUUCCUCACCAGCUUGAGAAAUGCCAUCACAAUCGCCAUCAAAGGCGGUGAAGGUUCCAAAAUUAACCUUGACACCACCGGAGAUCACGGAGACUGCAAGCAGGAUCUUAACGCGAUCGUGCGAUCGCUGGCGGAAAUCCACAACGAAACGGUGCAGAUCAAGUCCGGGGGGAAGACACUCGACGAAGUGGCGGAACUUAAGGAGACGUUUCAGCGGAAGAUCGAACAGUUGACCAAGGAGCGGGACCUGUUUGAGUUGGACUUUAAGCAGGAAACGCUGCAAAAGGAGGGGGAAAUGUACGAGCAGAUUCACAAACUUAAGCGAAGCAUUCUGGACUUGAAACAGCAAAUUAGGGAUGCCGAAGACGAUUAUUACGAGCUGGUGAUCACGUUCGUUGCGCUCAAAGUUAGCCAGGACGCCGUAACGGGCAAGGAGUUGCACUACGCAAGUACGAUUCCGCGGUCCAAGUUUGGGGAAUUCUUCCGGUACAUCCUCGAAAACCACAACUACAACACACUCCUCGACUCAAUGUAUCUGCUGCAGUACGUGGACGAUGCCAAGUACGUCUUCUACGAGUACCUGGAAGAGUUCGAGGAGAGGCCAUCCCGGCAGGAGAUCGAAAAUCGCAAAAUUGUCCUCACCUUUCUGUGUUGGUCCACGAAUCAGCAGGAUGAAAUACAGAGGCAUGUGUUUAUGGGCUGCGAGCUGUACUAUCUGUACAACAUGACGACGCAGUUUUUCCCAACUUCGCAGGAUGGAAUGGAAGCGGUUAAAGUGGCGGAACCUAUUCUGAAGGCGCUGCCGGACGCGUGUUUGGUCCAAGGGGUAAACUAUUACAUGAAGGACUUUACCACGACGGAAAACAAGGAAAAGUAUGAAAGUUUGAAUCGAUUCAGCAAAUGUGAUGAAGAGUAGUGCGAAAAUACACAAUAAAAACGUGUUCAAUUC